CCUGGUUAAGGGGAGGCGACGCACAGUCCAGGAGCUAUCCCGGCCGCCGGCGUGAAGCUAGGACCUACAGUAGCGGGUGUGAGGAAUCCCUGCACUUUUGGGCAUGAGGAAGUCCCUGUAGCAUUCGGGACUGAGGACAUUCUUGUCAGGCUUGAGGAGUGAAGAGGUUCCUGUCAAGUCGAGAAGUCGUAAAGAGGUUCUCCCAUCGUCCACAGAGGACGUGUGCUGCCAUUUCUCGCUCCUUCUGACACCACGAACCUGGCCCGCCGCAGAACGCUCCAAGGCCCGGCGAAGAUGGCUUCGGUGCCUGUGUAUUGCCUCUGCCGGCUGCCUUAUGAUGUGACCCGCUUCAUGAUCGAGUGUGACAUGUGCCAGGACUGGUUUCACGGCAGUUGUGUUGGUGUUGAAGAGGAGAAGGCUGCUGAAAUUGACCUCUACCACUGUCCCAACUGUGAGGUCUUACAUGGGCCUUCCAUUAUGAAAAAACGACGUGGAUCUUCAAAAGGGCAUGAUACACACAAAGGGAAACCUGUGAAGACUGGGAGUCCUAUGUUUAUUCGAGAACUGAGGAGUAGAACUUUUGACAGCUCAGAUGAAGUGAUUCUGAAGCCCACUGGAAGUCAGCUGACUGUGGAAUUUCUGGAAGAGAAUAGCUUCAGUGUGCCCAUCUUGGUCUUGAAGAAGGAUGGGUUGGGGAUGACGUUGCCUUCAUCAUCGUUCACUGUGCGGGAUGUGGAACAUUAUGUUGGUUCUGACAAAGAAAUUGAUGUGAUUGAUGUGACCCGCCAGGCUGAUUGCAAGAUGAAGCUUGGUGACUUUGUGAAAUAUUAUUAUAGUGGGAAGAGGGAAAAAGUCCUCAAUGUCAUCAGUUUGGAAUUCUCUGAUACCAGGCUUUCUAACCUUGUGGAGACACCUAAAAUUGUUCGAAAGCUGUCAUGGGUUGAGAACCUGUGGCCAGAGGAGUGUGUGUUUGAGAGACCCAAUGUGCAAAAGUAUUGUCUCAUGAGUGUACGGGAUAGCUACACAGAUUUUCACAUUGACUUUGGUGGCACCUCAGUAUGGUACCAUGUGCUCAAGGGUGAGAAGAUAUUCUACCUGAUUCGCCCAACAAAUGCUAAUCUGACUCUCUUUGAGUGCUGGAGCAGCUCCUCUAAUCAGAAUGAGAUGUUCUUUGGUGACCAGGUGGACAAGUGCUACAAGUGUUCUGUGAAGCAAGGACAGACACUUUUCAUUCCUACAGGAUGGAUUCAUGCUGUGCUGACCCCUGUGGACUGCCUUGCCUUUGGAGGAAACUUCUUACACAGCCUUAAUAUUGAAAUGCAGCUCAAAGCCUAUGAGAUUGAGAAGCGACUGAGUACAGCAGACCUCUUCAAGUUCCCCAACUUUGAGACCAUCUGUUGGUAUGUGGGAAAGCACAUUCUGGACAUCUUUCGAGGUUUGCGAGAGAAUAGGAGACACCCUGCCUCCUACCUGGUCCACGGUGGCAAAGCCCUGAAUUUGGCCUUUAGAGCCUGGACAAAGAAAGAAGCUCUGCCCGACCAUGAGGAUGAGAUCCCGGAGACAGUACGAACUGUACAACUCAUUAAAGAUCUGGCUAGGGAGAUCCGCCUGGUUGAAGUAAGAAGCAUGGACAUCUUCCAACAGAAUGUUGGGAAGACGAGCAAUAUCUUUGGGCUGCAGAGGAUCUUCCCAGCCGGCUCCAUUCCCUUAACCAGGCCAGCCCAUUCCACUUCAGUAUCCAUGUCCAGGCUGUCACUGCCCUCCAAAAGUGGUUCAAAGAAGAAAGGCCUGAAGCCCAAGGAACUCUUCAAGAAAGCAGAGCGAAAGGGCAAGGAGAGUUCAGCCUUGGGGCCUGCUGGCCAGUUGAGCUAUAAUCUCAUGGACCCAUACAAUCAUCAGUCACUGAAGACAGGCUGUUCCCAGAAAGCAAAGUUCAACAUGACUGGUACCUGCUUGAAUGACUCAGAUGAUGACUCACCAGACAUGGACCUUGAUGGGAAUGAGAGCUCACUGGCCCUACUGAUGGCUAAUGGCAGUACAAAGAGGAUAAAAAGCUUAUCGAAGUCUCGGAGAGCCAAAAUUGCAAAGAAGACAAGACUGGUGGCAGAACAAGUGAUGGAAGAUGAAUUUGACCUGGAUUCAGAUGAUGACCUUCAGAUUGAUGAGAGAUUGGGAAAAGAGAAGGCAGCCCUGAUAAUAAGACCAAAAUUUUCUCGGAAGUUGCCUCGAGCAAAACCUUGCUCUGAUCCUAACAGAAUUCGUGAACCUGGAGAAGUUGAGUUUGAUAUUGAGGAAGACUAUACAACAGAUGAAGACAUGGUGGAGGGGGUUGAAGGCAAGCUUGGGAAUGGGAGUGGAGCUGGUGGAAUUCUUGAUCUGCUCAAGGCCAGCAGGCAGGUGGGGGGACCUGACUAUGCUGCUCUCAGCGAGGCCCCAGCCUCCCCCAGCACUCAGGAGGCCAUCCAGGGCAUGCUGUGUAUGGCCAACCUGCAGUCCUCAUCGUCUUCUCCGGCUACCUCCAGCCUGCAGGCCUGGUGGACCGGGGGGCAGGACCGAAGCAGUGGGAGCUCCAGCAGUGGGCUGGGCACAGUGUCUAGCAGUCCUGCUUCCCAGCGCACCCCAGGGAAGCGGCCCAUCAAGCGGCCAGCAUACUGGAGAACCGAAAGCGAGGAGGAGGAGGAGAAUGCCAGUCUGGAUGAACAGGACAGCUUGGGAGCAUGCUUCAAGGACGCAGAGUAUAUCUACCCUUCCUUGGAGUCAGAUGAUGAUGAUCCUGCUUUGAAAUCUCGACCUAAGAAAAAGAAAAAUUCAGAUGAUGCUCCAUGGAGUCCUAAAGCUCGUGUGACUCCAACCCUACCCAAGCAAGACCGUCCUGUGCGUGAGGGGACCCGAGUGGCCUCCAUUGAAACAGGGUUGGCUGCAGCAGCUGCAAAGCUGGCUCAGCAGGAGCUGCAGAAGGCCCAAAAGAAAAAGUACAUCAAGAAGAAGCCUUUGCUGAAGGAGGUAGAACAGUCUCGCCCUCAAGACUCCAAUCUCAGUGUGACAGUACCGGCCCCAGGAGUGGCAGCUACACCCCACCCUCCCACCUCUUCCUCACCCUUGCCUCCUCCUGAGCCUAAACAAGACACUCUGUCUGGAAGUCUUGCUGACCAUGAGUAUACUGCUCGACCUAAUUCUUUUGGAAUGGCCCAAGCAAACCGCAGCACCACACCCAUGGCUCCCGGUGUCUUCUUGACCCAGCGGCGCCCUUCUGUUGGCUCUCAGAGUAAUCAGACAGGACAAGGAAAGCGUCCCAAAAAGGGCCUGGCCACAGCAAAGCAGAGACUUGGCCGUAUCCUGAAAAUCCACAGAAAUGGCAAACUACUUUUGUGAGCCAAGCCUCCAUGUGUCCUAGCCCUCACCCUUCACCCCUAUUGCCUUCUCCAUUGUCAACGCUCGGGGAACUCCUGGAUCCUGUCCACCCCAGACAAGGUGCUGAGGUGCAUUGUCCUGCUUUCUUGGGACUGACCAAAGGCACAGGCCCCUCCACCAACUUCCCUUAUUUCCCUUUCCCAAACCUAUGAGUAUCCUGCCUUCUUUUUCCAUACCCAAGUAGCAUGUAAUUGGGAGAGGUUUCCAACUGAUAACAGCUCACUUCUCUGCUCCUCUAAUCCAUUUCACUCUUACCUGCCUUGUCUGUUCCUUUACUCUACUGUCACUCCUCUGCCAGCCUGGAAGGCAGAAUGAGGAGAGGCAAGAAGAUAGCUUAGGCUCCUCAUUAUUUCUCUGGCCAUGAAAUGGGAGGUUCAGUGUUCAAUACUUUCUGCAGCUCCAGCCCUGUCUCUAGAAGCCUGCCUAUUUCUACCUAUUCUUCUCCUUCUGUCCUCUACUCCAUUGGUUGUUCCUCACCUCCAGAUUUGUUCUUUGGAUAAGGCUGUUUUCUCUGCCCUCUCUUACCAAAUACUUCAUGGAAAAAGUGAGGGCCUGGAGUCUCCUUAUUUCCCCACUGUGAGCCAUUUUUGGAGUUGGCCUUCGAAGGCUGACUUCAUUUAUCCUCGGAAACAAAGGAGAUACCUGUCACUUUUUAAGGUGAGCAGAGGGCAGACAUCCAGUCCUUUAACUAUAAUGUUUUUAACCCAUUGGAGGAAGCUACUUUUGGCUGGGUACACAUGAAGCCUCUUGUCCCAGAGUGAACACCAGGAAUUUGUCUGGAAUUUGAGGUUCUGCAUAGCAUUAUCUAUAUGAAUAUUACUAGGUGAAAACCUCUCUCAGAAACAUGAAAUCGUCUGCCACUGAAGUACCUUGGCUUUGCAGCCUGCUUCCUCUAUUUGUACCAUGAAACAGAGCCUGGACCUUUUGGAGAUGGUGUAGUGGAACACCCUACUCCCAGGUCCUCCUGUCAGAAACCUCCAUCCUUAUUUCCCCACCUGAGGUCUGAGUCUGAAGAAGACCUCAGGACUCACAUCUUUAGUCCUAGACUUUUGUACAGCUAGAUCCCCAGAUCAGUGUUCAAGUAGAGUGCAAUUGGCCAUUCAUGAGCCCAAGCCUAGGAGACGAGAUGACCAUUUGUGAAGGAGCAGACCUAUCUGAUCCACCCUCCUCUUUCCUUUGUGGAUUAUCUCCACUUUCCAGACAGUGCCCUUCUUCUCCCUCUUGUCUUGCCUCAUUGGCAAUCUGGGCUUGUGGAGAAUGUUUCCUUUCCCACAUCAUUUUGGCAUUGCCAAGAAGAUGUGUAUCAUUGUUCUCUACCCUCUCCUCCAACUUCAUACCAGCUGACCUAGUGCUUCUGGGGAAGUUUUACAAGCUACCACCCAAGCCACAGGGAAUUUAUGAGACUUUUUUUGGUCUUAUUUGUAUUUGUAGUUCGCUUUAUCCAUAGUCCCACCUCUUUCCUUGGAGUCUUUCCUUGGAGUCAAGAGUCCCUUAGACCAUUUGUUUUUUUCUACCUUGGGGACCCCAGGUGCCAAGCAGUCCACCAUCUAGUCACACCAAAGGCAAAAAGCCUUCCUACCUCCCUUGUAGUAUGUAAGGUCCCUACUUUCCUCCCCUCCAUUUCUACCAAGCUUUGCUUAUCUUGGUGAUUUCAAGGCAGCAGAGGGUAGUGAGGGGAAGGCAGGAGAGGCCUCUGUUCCUCUAUAGGCAACUGCCUGACUAGACACUGACUGCUGUUACCAAGACCAGGUCCCCAGUCCCUUUGCCUAUUUACAUCCUCUCUUAAUCUUUCAAAGGCAGCUAAUUGCUAACAAAUCCACCUGAUUCUGGGCCUCUUUUCCCUCUGUUUCUCUGUUAGAAAUUUCUGUGGAGAUGAAACCCAGCCUCCAUUUCCCUGGGUUCAUUUAGUUUAGUUAGGUUCUUGGAGCCUACUGUUUGUUGUUUUGUGUUUUUUCAAUGAAAAGAAAGUUUACCCUCAAAGUUAUGCUUUUCCAAAGAGGCUAGUGGUUUUUUUGUUGUUGUUUUGUUUUGUUUUUUAAAUGUUUCAGGUUCUAAAGGAAGUGAGUUGGGGAGGGGUUGGAAAUAGAAGUAACCAAGGUUUAGAACAUGGUGAGAUAGUUACCUCUGAUCUUUAACACCCAGCAGAGAGCUGGGGGAAGAAUAGGAGGUAGGGAGAAAGGAUUUCUAUUCACCCUUAAUAUAUUUUUUACAAAAAAUCAAAACAAUUUAAAAACAAACCCACCGCUUCUGUACAUGUCUAAAUAUAUUUUUAGAAGUGGGUAGGAUUGUGACUUUCUGAUGCAGGGCCUUUUUAUAAAUAGGUUAGAGUAGCAUCAUCCAGACUUCUGUUGUUUUUUCCCGUUGUUUCUUAUGUUGUGUUAUUAAUGUAAUUUAUAUAUUUUUUUUUAGAUUUUCCCUUUCCUAUAGAGAUAAAAGUGAUUUAUCUUGGCAGUUGCUUUUCUUGGCAUUAUUUGUGUGGGUGUGUGUGGUGUGGAUAUAGAUGUGUGGGUGGUGGUGUAGAGAAGGAAUGACACCUUCUCUUUGUCUCUCCCUCAGUAUAUUGUCAGUAGGCAUUUCCCUGGUGUCCAACCUUAUAUCUGAGGUGAGAAAGGCACAGAAUUCCUGCUCACACAAUGCAUACACCUCAGGAUACAGUUCAGACACUUGUGGCAGAUAUUCAGAAAUACAGUGAGCAAGAAAAUACAACAGUUCAAAGGUUCUUGACAAGUUUGCUGAGAAAAUUUACCAUAGCUUCCAUGGACUGUUUUUAUUAAUUAUACUAGUGUCAAUGUUCUGUGAGUAUGGUUUUUUUCCCCUUUCUCUGACUUUUCCAAGUGCUUAUGGUACUGUGCUUAGGGACAGUGUAAGCAAUGAAAUAUAAUUAUCGGAACAAACAUAUCAUGCUCAUUUCUUUGUGCCAGUCACUGUUCUUAAUGCUUUAUGUAUUUUUGACUUAUUUCAUUCUACCAAUGAGAAAACAGGCAACGUAACUUUACAGUAUUACACAGUAAAUUCUGGGACUAUCCUGAUUCUAGAAUCUGUGUUCUUAUCACCCUAUACUGCCUCCCCUCACUGAUAGCCACUUUAUUAAGUAACUUUUGGGUGCUGGGCAUUGGAUUAGAGAUUUCACUUAGCAUAUGUCAUUUAAUCUCUGCUGACUAUCCUAUGAGGUAAUUAACCCUAUUUUUCAUUUAAGGAGAAAAGAGAUUGCCAGUGGUUUUCCAUAGUAGCUUCUUCCCAAUUCCAAAAUUCAUACACUUUCCCUUUUACUCUGUUAGAAAAUCUAAGGUUCAGUCACACAACAGAUAUUUAUUGAAUACGUGUUGCAUGCCAGGUGCAACAUUGAGAGUUGUGUCCUAAGGAGAACCACCAGGAUCUGGGGCCUCACAUUUAAAUUUUCCAUCACACUCUGGUUUUUUUUUUUUUUUUUUUUUUUUUUUUGUACUGGGGAUCAAAUUGACGACUUCGCACUUGCCAGGCAGGUGCCUAUGCCACUGAGCUAAAUCACCAGUCCUUCAUCACACUCUUUGUGACUCAGAGCAGGCCAAUUACUGUCUGUGAGUCACCUGUAAAAGAAAGAGUUUGAACCCAAUCAAGAUUUCUCCCUUGUGAAGAUCUUUUUUCUUUGAAUCCGGGGUGAGGCUAGCUGGGUUUGACAUUUACUGGUUAAACAAUCACUUCUAGUUCAUACAAUCUGAGUCUCAGUAUUAGGCAGUGUUUAGAUAAAGAAAUUCAUUUCUUUAUCUACACAAGGAAAUGUAUCUCUUUGUAGACAAAAUAGAGAAAGCUACUUGAGAGGCUGAAACAGGACAAUUCAAGGCCAGCUUGGGUAAUUUGGUGAGAAUCUAUCUUGAAAGAAGGGCUAGGGAUGUAGCUUAGUGGUAGAAUGCUUAUCUAACAUACAUGAUACCUUGGGUUCAAUCCCUAGUACCUUAAAAAAAGGUAAAAGAAGGAUUUCUGAGUUUUUUAAUGACUGGUCAUCUGGGUUCUUUUUGUCAGCAGCUCCCAUCCUCUGUGAAGAAACAGAAGCAAUAUCACCAGCUUCAGUUUAGAAUAUCAGCUAUAUUCUUGUUCACGUUUCUUUCUAGUGCAGGCAGGAAGUAUCAGCAUAUCAGAGGCACCUUUCUAAAAUUUGAACAGCUUUCUAAAAUUUGAACAGGCACCUAAAUUCAGUCUUCCCUUUUUCUGGAAUAGAGUAGAAAAUUUACAGGACUUGUUGCUAAGAAUUGUCUUUUUCAAUGAAUAACCCAGUAAUUUAGGGGAAGUGUCUUACUGCAUUUGUUGCUACAACAAAAUAUCUAAGAGUGGAUAAUUUAUAAAGAAAAGAAGCUUGGUGUGGUAUGUGCCUGUCAUCCUAGCAUUCUGGGAAACUGAGAUGGCAGGAUCAUGGGUUCAAACCUAGCCUGGACAAUGUAGUGAUUUAUGAAACCGUGUUUCAAAAUAAAUGAAACAAGAUCUGGGGAUAUAGUUUAGUGUGAAGGCCCUGGGUGUAAUCCCCAAAACUACCAAACAAAUGUUUAUUUUGCCUUAUGGUUCUGGAGGCUAGAAAAAUUAAGAUUAGGUGGCCAUCUACUAUGUCAUCUACUAUGAGAUACUACUGCAUCUCAUAGUAGAAAAGCAGAAAAGGCCAGCCAGUGUAAGAGAAGCACAUGUGUGAGAAUGAGAGUUGGUGUUGGGCUUGCUUAUUUAUGAGAGAACUAAUCUAGCUUUAAUAGAACUAAUCUGAUAGGGGCUGGGGAUUUAGCUCAGCGGCAUAAGCACCUGCCUUGCAAGCAGGCAGUCGUGAGUUUGAUCCCUGGUACCGAUAAAAAGGAAAAAGACAAAAAAAGAAAAAAAAAAGAACUAAUCUGAUCUCUUGACAAUGAUACUAAUCCAUUUAUCAGGGUACUGCCUUCAUGACCUGGUCACUUCCCAAAGGACUUACCUCCCAAAACUGUUAUACUGAUGACCAAAUUUCAACAUAUGUUUUUGGCAGGGACAGACCACCUACAGACUAUAGUAGUGAGAUUACUUGUGUGAGUUGUAGCUUCUACAUUUGUCAACUGAAAUUAUCUCAACUAUGAAGCCUUCUCUAAGCUUGAUUGUCUUUAAACUCUGAGUGCUAUUGAUCCAAACUGAAUCCAAUAGCUUUAACUUGUCCUGAGUACAUAUCCCCAUUUCUGUUUACUCAACUGUUCCCUAAACUGAAGUACCCAGGCCCUUCCUUUAGGACCCUGUUCAUAUAUGAAGGGAGUGAAAUGGCUCUUACGUGGGGAUAGUACAGCACAGGGAUAGAGAUGAGCAUAGGCUAUUGAGUAGAGAGGAUUAGUCUGAGAGAGAAAUAAGGAGUUCAUGGAAGUCUUCUUGGUUGUUGUGUAAGCUGAAUUAUGAGAAAUAAUUAGCCAGUUAGGUAAAGAAAAAUAGACUAUUCCAAACCAAGGCAAUAUCAUAAUAAAAACAAGGGGGGAGAAAGGUACGCAUGUAGAGAAGAACAAGCAAUUUAUAAUAAUUGCAGCUGUGAUUUUCUUUUGGGAGGAGAUACGUAAGCAAAAUCUCCAAGAGGGAACAUAUAGUUUGAGAAGGCAGCCAUAAUUGAUUUAUUUUUAGACAAAAUACAUAUUUUAAAACCUCAGCCAUGCAUGAUAGUACAUGCCUGUAAUCCCAGCACUCUGGGAGACUGAGGUCGGAUUGUGAGUUCAAGUGCAACCUGGGCAACUCAAUGAUUUAGGAAGACCCUGUCUCAAAAUAGAGUACUAAGAUGGACUGGGGGAUGUAGAUCAGUACAAAGGCUCUACUUUAGGUUCACUCCCCAUUAGUAUGAAAGAGUAUGAACCUUAGAUAAUAGAGAAUGAUUUUGACAUUUGUUAAAUGAUCUGACUUUAUGCCAUGAAUGACAGAGAAACAUUUAAAAGGUUUUAAGCUGAAAAUGGCAUGAUCUAGCCUGCUUUUACAAAGGGUACUUUUGGAGUUGGGAAGGGGUGAAACAGGGAGACCAGUGAGAAAGAUACUGACAGAGAAUUGGGGAGGGCACUAUCUCAUCUUCUAGUGCCCCAUCAAAAUGCCAUUUCACUAAGGAAGUGUUUAGAAAAAUGCCAAAACAACUCUUUAACUAGACUUUUAGUCCCAUAAAGGGCAGAAAUCCUAGACCGUUUUCAGGAGCCGUAACUAUAGUAUCAGCCAUAUGCACAAUCUAAAAGACAGAAAGUGUACUCUUCAUCCCCUUCUCAGUUACUAUCUGGUGAAGUAACUCACUUGGGCAAGCCCUGUUAUUUUCCAUAGGACUACAUUAUAAUGCCAGCACUCACUAGUGAAUGUGGUAAGAGAGAUAUAAUGCCCAGUUUAGAUUUUCCUUCUCAGGAGUCAAGCCUGCCCCACAUUAUACAACUUUUCAGGACUAUUUCUCCGAAGUUCUGUUUUCAUUGUCCCCUCCUGCUUAAAAAGAUUCCAUGGUUUCCCUUUGUGUAUCACACCCUUCAGUUCUCAAAGAUUCCCAGAACCUGGCCCCACUUGGAGACAUUAGGCUAUUAGGGUGGAAAGGAAUGUACCUGGGAGUUGAGAAGAUCAGUGAUAUACUUCAGCAUUGCUACUCACGUGACCUUCACCUGACCCAUUUGGUAUUUCCUUACUUCAGUUUCAUCAUCUGUAAAAUGAAGACAAUUGCCUCAUAGAGUCAUUGUGAGAAAUUAUAGUAACUGAUAUUUUUAAAGAAUUCAGUAUCUGGCACUCAAGUGAUCAAUGAGUGUAGUUUAAUUUUUCCCAGUAAAGUGUACUCAAAAAGCCUAUGACUCAUUUUUCUAAACUGCAGAAAAAAUGAGCCUUUAAAGGAAUUGGGGUGAUUAUUUCAAACAGGCAGGAAAUUAAAUUGACUUCCUCAGGAGUGAUGUUUGAAGCAAUCAGUGAUAGCUGGUUGAAUCAAUAGGUGUGGUAGACCUUAAACUAUAGAGGAGAUGCAAUCAAAUUUCUGACACAAAGUUCCUGGAAACUGCCAGGAUAUCAUCCAUCCCAUAUCAAUGAUUUAUUUCUAUAGUGGCUUCAGAGCUCCUAUGUUAGGCCUAUUGCAUGCCAUGGAAGGGCUUGAUUUUCAAGGAGCAUGUGAUUUAGUACAAGGACAUUGAAGAGUGUACUGGGAAAAAUAGUGUUACCAGUAAUUACAGAGUACUAUGGCACCAUAAAGGAACACAACCAACCCUAUCUAAAGAACAAGAAAGGCUUCUGGGAAGAAGUGACAUGAGUUUUGAAGGUUAUUCACUAGGUAAGGGAACAUAGAAGGAUGAAGUGAAAUAGAGUAUUUACAAACAAAAGUAAGCAAAAAUAAAUCAUGAAGCAGAAUGAUAUGUGAAUGGAUUCACAAGCUCUUAAAUUGAACUGGAGUACAGUACAGUAAGUAUUGGAUGAAAUUGAAGAGGUAGGUGGGGACUGGAUUAUAAAGGUCUAUGUGUCAGAUUUCUCUUACUGUGUCAAAGUACCUGAGAAAAAUCAACUUAAAGGUUUCUUUUGGCUGUCAGUUUCAAAGUCCGUGGUGCAUCAUGGUGGAAGCACAUGGCAGAGAAAAACCUGUUCACUUCUUAGUAACUGGGGAGCAGAGAAAGGAGGGGGUAGUUCCCUUCAAUGCUGGCUGUGAACUAACUUCCUUCCACUGUGCCUUACCUCCUAUAGAUUUCAUUAUUUCCCAGUAAGUGCCACAGGCUUAUUGUGAGCAUACCUAUAAUAAAUAUAGUCCAGACCAUUAACAAUCUGAUUUAUGUUUCAAAAUACUCUGUGGCAAUUCUGGAGAGUCUGAAAUUUGCCAACCUGGAAGCCAGUGUGAAGGUAGUUGUAAGAAUGUGGUUAAGCUGUAACUUCCUUUCAAGAGUUUGCCCCCAGUGAACUAACUUCCAGUAAGCCCUCACUACAUACCAAUAGCACCCCAGGCUGGAGACCUAGCAUUUAACACUUGGACCUUUGCAGGUGGAGAGAAGAGAGAAGACAAAAACAGGUCAUGUGUCCCUUUUCAGUCAAAUCAUAGCUCUGCCUCUCUUAAAGAGUAGCACUUAAAUUUGAAAGUAUAGGAUUUGGAAUGUGAAAAAACAAAUGUCCCCCAGGGAGGCAACCUUUGUGGCUUCCUCUACAAUAAAGAUAAAGGAGCAGACAUACAAGCAUUGGUAGAUAUGCUUUAAUGGAUGCCCUUCAACCUCCCUGCCUUUUUCCAACCAAGCCUCAUCUUCAUGGGUUAUGAAUACAGCAAUGAAGCAUAGAGAAGUCUAGUGAAUGAACUGUUGAACUCUUUAAGAGCCAACCAUUUUGUGAGACAGAAGCACAGUAUAACAGUUUUAAAAGUUAAAUUGUACCACAGUUAGUGCUAUAACUAGGAGAGAAACACAAAAGUGCCCUAAGGAGCUUGAGGUAUAUGUGUAUGUGAGAGUGUAUUUGUGUGAGAGAGAGGGAGAGUCAGACAAACAUUGGGUGUGUAUGAGAGAGCCAGACAAAUUAGACGCUGAGAGGAAAGGGAUAACACUUAGUAGAAAUAAAGUUUCCUGGAGGAUGGUGACUUUGCUAAUAAGUUUGGUAGACAUAAAGCAUUUGCAAAUAACAGAAAAUGCAAGUGAAGCACAUGGCACUGGCUUGUAUAAUUAAAAUAUCUAGAGGUACAUGGAUAUCAGGCACAAUUUGAUUAGAGCUUGUGUAUGUCAACUUUGCUUUCAGAAUACUUCUUCAAAGUCACAAGAUGGCUGCUUGCAACAAAUGGAGACAUGCUUAUUUCCCACAAUCAUUUUUCAAAAUAUCCAAGUUUUGUGCUAGUUGAAACAUACCUGACUUGAUCCCUGUGGUCCAGGAAGGCCAAGUACUGAUGUAAUCCUGGAUUGUGUGGUACAAUCAUUGUGAAAAAAGUAUCCUUUGGGGCUGGGAGUGAGAUCAUCCCAAAGAAACAUAUGAAGUUAAUGUAACGCUUCCACUUGUGCUUAUUUGUCAUCUAUAUAUUACCUUUGAUGAAGUAUCCAUUAAAGUCUUUUGAUAUUUUUUUAA